ACUAGCCUUCAUUUCGGACUGACCACGCACUGACGCGCCAAUCCUUUUGCCAUUCCUUUGCAGUGUUUCGCGCGUCGCAGCACGAGUGAGAGUCUGCUUGUCUAUUUUAAUUCGGGCCAUGCUACGCCAUUGCGAGUGAAGUCGUGAUUCGUGCCUGCUCAUCCCAUCCCAGCCUCGGCUGCAGCUUCCGCCGCCGCCAACAACGUCCGGCGUGGGUACGUCAACACCGCGCGACCUUGGAGCCCAACACCGCGUCCGCUCGCCAUCUGAACGCACCCAGCCGCCCGUCUCAGUCGAGCAUUGCGAGCUGCGGCAUUAUCCUACAUUGCAUUAGUCAUCGCCCCCUCCGACCCCGACUCGCGCCCUUGCAGCAACGGCGUGCACAGCCACAGCUCUCUGUCUCAUCCCCAUCUCUCCUUCACUUGCGCGCACAUCAAUAGCGGGGCACCAUGGGGGUCAUCAAGAAGAAGACGGGUACGCGGGGCACCGAAGGUGGCACCAAGUACGUCUGUGAUGUGUGCUCGUCCGACAUCACGUCGACGGUUCGCAUACGCUGCGCCGAAGACGUGUGCAGCGAAUACGACCUCUGCGUGCCAUGCUUCUCCGACGGCAAGGCUACACGCGACCACCAGCCUGCCAAGCACAAGUUCAAGGUCAUCGAGCAGCACUCCAUCCCCAUAUACACCGAAGACUGGGGCGCCGACGAGGAGCUGGCCCUCUUGGAAGGCGCCGAAACAUAUGGUCUGGGCUCAUGGGCAGACAUUGCGGAUCACAUAGGCGGCUACCGCGAGAAGGAUGAGGUCCGCGAUCACUACAUCGACACCUACCUGGACAGCCCGAGCUUUCCCCUGCCGGAGCACUGCAGCAAGGAUGACACCGAGCUCAGUACCCGCAUACCGCGUCACGAGUUCCAGGCGAGGAAGAAGAGGAGGAUAGAGAAGAAGAAGGAGGAAGCUGCAGGCCGCGAACCUGAUGCUCCCAAGCAGAAGCCCACGGCUAGUGUCCCGGCCUGCCACGAGGUCCAAGGAUACAUGCCCGGUCGUUUGGAAUUCGAGACUGAGUACUUCAACGAAGCCGAAGAGGCUGUGCAGCACAUGCAGUUUGACCCUGGCGAUGGCUUGAACCCAAGGACGGGCGAGCUGGAGCCGGAGAUGGAGCUCAAGAUGACCAUUAUGGAAAUCUACAACCACCGUCUAGACGCCCGAGUUGAGCGCAAGAAGAUCAUCUUCGAGCAUCAGUUGCUAGAGUAUCGCAAGAAUCAGCUGGCCGACAAGAAGCGAACCAAAGAAGAAAAAGACCUGAUGAACAAGGCGAAGCCCUUUGCCAGGAUGAUGCAGCAUGCCGACUUUGAGCAGUUCUGCAAGGAUCUAGAAUACGAGCACAACCUUAGGCAGGCCAUCUCACAGCUCCAGGAGUGGAGGAACAUGCAGAUCACGAGUCUCAAAGCUGGGGAGAAGUACGAACAGGAGAAGCAGCAACGGCAAACCCGGCCGCCUCCCAUCGGGCAGUUCGAUCGUCUGGCAUCCAGUAGGAUGACAAAACCCCAACCACCUUUCGAACAACCAUCUGCAGCCACGGCAUUGCUCGCGCAGGAGCUGCCUUUGCAUGUCAAACAAAACAGUGGUCUCACAACGCCACCUCCGGAUCGCGCUCAGAACGGCGUCAACGGUGCAAAUGGUGUGCUAACACCACAGCAUUCCAAGACAAAGUUUGUGCCCAAGUCACUCCCCAAUACCGUGCCUCUCAAGUUUGGCAAAGAGUCAAAAGCGGAUCUUCAGUUGCUCAAUGCAGAGGAGGUGGAGAUAUGCAGUACGCUGCGUAUCAUGCCCAAGCCAUAUCUAGCGCUCAAGGAAACUAUCAUUCGGGCAGCACUCAACAAUGGCGGCGCGCUUAAGAAGAAGACGGCUAAAGAGAUUUGCAAGAUCGAUACGAACAAAUCAUCGCAACUGUUUGAAUACUUUGUGCAUAGCGGCUGGAUAGCAAGGGCGUAAAGGGAAUGCGCUAAUGGCGCUGGCGUUUGGUAGAGAACCAUGAUCAUUUUGGCGGCGUUUGGGCAAGGUAUACCCCAGUCUUGGGAAGGGAGGCGUUGUUGUGUUGAUAGAUGGGUCCGCUGCUCUUUGCAAAAUCAUAUGCACCAGUCCCUCAUUUUGCGAUUACUCGUUGCUCCUGUGAAGAUGAUGAUUAUGAUGAUGAUGAUGAUGGUCCGUCCAUAGCGCUACCACAGCGACGGUU